AUGCGCCUGCUGGCUGCGGCGGCCUGUGCAGUGCUCGGCGCCGCAGCCGGCGAGGAGCUCUGCAUCUGCCGGCUCCGCGGCUGCCGGCGUGGUGUCCUCCGCUCGGCGGAGCUCUGUCUCAGACCAGGCGACGUCGCCCUGGCGCUCGGUGUGUCCGGUGCUGGGAAGACGACGCUUCUGAGCCUACUGGCCGAUCGCCAGGCAGAGGCUGCGGAGGAGCUUUACAUGCAUCCGGAUCUGCCGACUUCCCUUGAGGUGCUUGAUGGAGACUCGGGGCAGCGGGAUGCAGAGGAGGCCCUGGCCCAGCUGACGCCCGAAGUGCGCGCUGCCUGGGGCUUAGCGGACAAAGCGCCGCUGACCGCCCGCACUGCACGCUGGAAGGCCUUGUGUGCUCAAGUCGUGGCGAAGCAGGCCCCAGCACCGGGCCUCCUGCUCCUGGACGAGGCUGGGAAGCGAAAGCUGGGCCUUCAAGUCCGUUUGUCAGUCACGACGGUGGGUAAUGGUGAGGAAUUGUGGGUAAUGGUUGGUACAGGACAGACGGUGACCGACGUAGCACAUUGCUGCCACCUCCUUCCUGUUCUGUUCGCGGUCAAAUGUCUUGGCUUGCAAACAUGUGCCGUCCCUGGGCUAAUGUUCUGUGCUACGUAUAGUUUGGGUGACUCCAUCGGCCUGGUCGAAGUCCUUGCAGUGCUGCUGCUGAGCGGCAGGUCAGGGACGAUAGACUGCCGGGAAGAGGCAACCCUGGCCUCACUGGAACAGCAGAUCGCCACGGUGCUGGACUUGACCCCGCAGCAUGGCACUUGGCCUCCUUUGCGCUUCCUGCUGGGUGCGACCGUGUUGAAGGAUCAUGUCGUCGCAAAGGACCUGAAAGAUCAGACCGUUACAGUAAUGCUGACAUUCGAACCUCUUGCACAAAUCUGCGGUGUGCCGGUGAUGCAGGACCGCCUGGCCGAGCAGCUCUGGGAAAACCCAGCUGUGCUGUUCAGCUGCCGAGGUGUGUCUCGGGUGCUCCAAGGAGCCGCAAAGGAGACCCGGCUGCUUCGAUCGGUUCGGCCGAAAUUCCUGGAGAUUCAAGGUUUGGCCGCCCGAGCCCUGGAUGCCAACGUCUCCAUUGAGGUGAGUCACCUCGGGGCCGCUCAGAAAAUCAAGCCGCUGGCAGAGGAAAUCCUGCAGUGCCUCGGUGCGCUGCGUGAUCUGGACUGUUUGGAGUCGGAUCUCGGCAAAAAAGAGGACGACGAGGCACUGGACAAGGUCUUGCAGGAGGCCCGGAUGGUGCUGUGGUCUGGCUGCCCUCGCUUUGAAGGGUGCAAGAAGGCUGCCUUCCGCAUAACGAGCCUGGUGAGGAGCCUCAAGUUGUACUACCAGCAGGCCAACAGCCCCCACAUCCGAUGGCGACCAAAGUCCAUUGCAGAAGUGUGCGAGGACAAUGACGUCGGAGACGUUUCUGAGGACGAAGUCGGGGACGCCGACACACCUGAGCAGCCGCAAGCGCCAGCGGUGCAACAGGAGGCCGGCAGCAACCUGGGCAAGGAGCCCAGCGAGCUCCUAAGCAUCACGGAGGCAACGCAGACUUCGAGAGGGGUAGGAGCUGAAGCGCCUCGAAGCGCCAGACCCGGGGCUCCAACUGGUCCAGCAUCUUCGGCCGCUGGGGGGGAAGAAGCGCCCCCCAAGCCUCCGGAGCCGCAUUUGACUCGCGAGCAGCACGAAGUGGAGAUCCGACACUACCUUGUGGCCUUGGCGCAACAAGGCAGCUGCCCUCAUGGACACGACGUGAUCGACUUGCCUAAGGCGUUGGGAGGAUCGAGCUGCAGCUUUUGCUGUAGAAACUGUGCCGGUGGGCUCCGGUGCCCCCAAUGCAACAACCAGUUCUGCACCGCAUGCCUGAAAGCAGCCUCCCAUUACGAUCCCUCAGCUACAGACUCUGUUGCAGAAGUCGUGAGCUACGCCAGAAGGUGUUCGGACGGGGGUUCGCCUCCUGCGCAUGAGGAGGCUGCAGAAGCAUUACUAGCAGAGCUGGCGCGAGAAACGCACCAGGAGCCCCAGGCGUUGCUGCUCCAUGAGCUGGGCAAGGUUUGCAAGGCGAAAGGCGACCUGGAGGCAGCUGCGAGGCACCUCAACGAGUGUCUGAGCAUGGACAGGGCUGUGCACGGAGAGGGAGCCCACCUAGAAGUGGCCGUCACGCUCCAUGCGCUGGGCUUGGUUUGCCAGGCGCAAGGCGACCUGGAGGCAGCUGCCAGGCACCUCAACGAGUCCUUGACCAUGAAGAAGGCUGUGCACGGAGAGGGAGCUCACCAAACAGUGGCCGUCACGCUCCAUGAGCUGGGCAAGGUUUGCAAGGCGAAAGGCGACCUGAAGGCAGCUGCCAGGCACCUCAACGAGUGUUUGAGCAUGGACAGGGGUGUGCACGGAGAGGGAGCUCACCAAAGAGUGGCCGUCACGCUUUAUGAGCUGGGCUUGGUUUGCAAGGCGAAAGGCGACCUGGAGGCAGCUGCGAGGCACCUGAACGAGUGUUUGAGCAUGGAGAGGGCUGUGCACGGAGAGGGAGCCCACCUAGAAGUGGCCGUCACGCUUUAUGACCUGGGCAAGGUUUGCAAGGCGAAAGGCGACCUGGAGGCAGCUGCGAGGCACCUCAACGAGUCCUUGACCAUGCAGAAGGCUGUGCACGGAGAGGGAGCUCACCAAACAGUGGCCGUCACGCUUUAUGAGCUGGGCUUGGUUUGCAAGGCGCAGGGCGACCUGGAGGCAGCUGCGAGGCACCUCAACGAGUGUUUGAGCAUGGAGAGGGCUGUGCAUGGAGAAGGAGCCCACCAAACAGUGGCCGUCACGCUCCAUGAGCUGGGCAUGGUUUGCCAGGCGAAAGGCGACCUGAAGGCAGCUGCCAGGCACCUCAACGAGUCCUUGACCAUGAAGAAGGCUGUGCACGGAGAGGGAGCUCACCAAACAUUGGCCGUCACGCUUUAUGAGCUGGGCAAGGUUUGCAAUGCCAAAGGCGACCUGGAGGCAGCUGCGAGGCACCUCAACGAGUGUUUGAGCAUGGAGAGGGCUGUGCACGGAGAGGGAGCCCACCAAACAGUGGCCGUCACGCUCCAUAAGCUGGGCAUGGUUUGCCAGGCGAAAGGCGACCUGAAGGCAGCUGCCAGGCACCUCAACGAGUCCUUGACCAUGAAGAAGGCUGUGCACGGAGAGGGAGCUCACCAAACAUUGGCCGUCACGCUCCAUGAGCUGGGCAAGGUUUGCAAGGCGAAAGGCGACCUGGAGGCAGCUGCGAGGCACCUCAACGAGUGUCUGAGCAUGGACAGGGCUGUGCACGGAGAGGGAGCUCACCAAAGAGUGGCCGUCACGCUUUAUGAGCUGGGCUUGGUUUGCAAGGCGAAAGGCGACCUGGAGGCAGCUGCGAGGCACCUCAACGAGUGUUUGAGCAUGGAGAGGGCUGUGCACGGAGAGGGAGCCCACCAAACAGUGGCCGUCACGCUCCAUGAGCUGGGCAAGGUUUGCAAGGCGAAAGGCGACCUGGAGGCAUCUGCCAGGCACCUCAACGAGUGUUUGAGCAUGGAGAGGGCUGUGCAUGGAGAGGGAGCUCACCAACAAAUGGCCGUCACGCUCCAUGCGCUGGGCAUGGUUUGCAAUGCGAAAGGCGACCUGGAGGCAGCUGCGAGGCACCUCACCGAGUCCUUGACCAUGAAGAAGGCUGUGCACAGAGAAGGAGCUCACCAAACAGUGGCCGUCACGCUCCAUGAGCUGGGCAAGGUUUGCAAGGCGAAAGGCGACCUGGAGGCAGCUGCGAGGCACCUCAACGAGUGUUUGAGCAUGGAGAGGGCUGUGCACGGAGAGGGAGCCCACCAAACAGUGGCCGUCACGCUCCAUGAGCUGGGCAAGGUUUGCAAGGCGAAAGGCGACCUGGAGGCAUCUGCCAGGCACCUCACCGAGUCCUUGACCAUGAAGAGGGCUGCGCACGGAGAGGGGGCCCACCUAGAAGUGGCCGUCACGCUUUAUGAGCUGGGCUUGGUUUGCAAUGCGAAAGGCGACCUGGAGGCAGCUGCGAGGCACCUCACCGAGUCCUUGACCAUGAAGAAGGCUGUGCACAGAGAGGGAGCUCACCAAACAGUGGCCGUCACGCUCCAUGAGCUGGGCAAGGUUUGCAAGGCGAAAGGCGACCUGGAGGCAGCUGCCAGGCACCUCAACGAGUCCUUGACCAUGAAGAAGGCUGUGCACGGAGAGGGAGCCCACCUAGAAGUGGCCGUCACGCUCCAUGCGCUGGGCAAGGUUUGCAAGGCGAAAGGCGACCUGGAGGCAGCUGCGAGGCACCUCAACGAGUCCUUGACCAUGAAGAAGGCUGUGCACGGAGAGGGAGCCCACCAAACAGUGGCCGUCACGCUCCAUGAGCUGGGCACUGGAGGCAGCUGCGAGGCACCUCACCGAGUCCUUGACCAUGAAGAGGGCUGUGCACGGAGAGGGAGCCCACCAAGAAGUGGCCGUUACGCUUUAUGA